UGCUAUGCUGUUUUAAUUGUUGGGUUUAUUUUAUUGCUACAUUGUUUCAUUAUACAUCUAGUGAUGCUCUUUACAAAGAAACUUAUAAUUAUGGAAGCUCAUUGAUAGAUUUAGAACCUACAAAUAGUAUGGGUGUGGAACCAGAAAUAUGUGAACCAUUAGAAAUAGAGCAAAGCAACAAACAAGAUCUUCAAAUUUCAGUAGACGCUUCGUUUUUGUCGUGGGAUUUAGCUGAAGUGCAACUCAACAGUUAUGCAAAAGCUAAAGAAUGUGUUAGUAAUCAGGUUGUUGACCUUUUACGGCAACGUAAUAGAAGUUCAGGAAAGAUAUCGUGCCCAUGGCACAUAAAUUUAUCAAAACCAAAGGAAUCUGCAGUUGUAAUUAUCACAAGUAUAAUAGGAGAGCAUAAUUAUCAGCUGCAAUCUGACAUUGGGCUAUAUGCUCCAAAGUAUAGAAAAUUAUUAUCAGAAAUCUUAGAAAAAAUAGAAUUCUAUAUUACAAAAGGAAAAAUAGGAUCUAAGCAAAUACUACCUCUUUUAACUUCUGAAUUUUCUGAUCAUAUUAUUCACAAACGCAAUCUUUAUAAUGCUGUUCAAAAGGUUAGAAGACCACUCAAUCAACGUCAGGGAAAAGCACAAGAAUUCGUUGAUUAUUUGUUCAUGUUCGAGGAAGAUUUUAAUAGAAGAUGGUUACGGUUAUUAAAUAAGUAUUCCCAAAUACAAAAUUAUUUUAAUAGAACAUUGCAAGGAACAGGUAUCCAAAGCACCCAGCGUGUUGAAGUAAUGAAUCGAUUGAUCAAAGAUGGUAUUAGAUAUACACUCUCUUUGCGUAGCCUACAUGAACAUAUACAGAAUCUUUUAGAUAAUGAGGCUCAUCAAAUGCUAUCAGUCGUUGAAUCAUUAUUUUUGCAAGUUUCUAAUAUAUUAAAGUUGUACUUGACUCCCUAUAUAUUGGCUAUACAACUACAGCAAAUUGCUGGUUCACUUUUAUAUAGAGCACGAUUACGACCAAUGGAGGAUAUUCUAGAAUUACAGGAAAAUCUCCAAUUGGAUUAUGAUAGUGGCUUUUUAGAGAAUCAACUCGACAGGCCACAAAACUCUAUUAUUGCUCUAAUUAAAGAUAUUAAUCUAAGUGAUAUAAUUGAAAUUUGGAAACUUAUAUACCUAUCAAGUCAGGAUAUAAGGCUUGAAGACUUACAGCCGCAAAGCAUUAAGAUUUCAACAAUGUUUCAGCAAACAGCUACCAACAUAGCUGUUCCAGAUUUUUAUAUUAUAGAAAAAAUUAGAGAUACUAAUAUAUAUAUCAUAAAGAAUCAACAAGUAGCUAAUAAAAAAGCCAGAUAUGCAAAUGGAUUUGGAAGAAUGAAGAAGGCACUCAUUAUUGCUUUGGAACUUGGAUAUGAAGAAGAGCUAAUCUAUAUUAUGUCUAGCUUUAUUAAUCAGAAAAAGUCUGCAAUUGAAAAUAUUGACAACGAAAAUAUUCAACCUAGUGAAUCUCAACAGAUAAUUGUGAUGGAUCCUUUAGUUGUAAAACAUCAUGGACGGCCACCGAUUAAGCGGUUGAAAAGCUUUUCUGAGAGUUAUGAUCAUAAAAAAUUGGUACACGAUACAACUAAUCUUCAAGAUCCAAACUUAGAAAUGCCUCCUUCAAAUAUAGAUUUGAAUAGUUAUGUUAUAGAUAACAAUGCGAAUAAAUUGUGCCAUGAAGGCAAAAGAAAAUAUGUAUGCAAUUUAUGUGGUGGGGUAGGGCACAAUUCAUGCACUUGUAAGAAGCAGGAAUAA